AUGUUCAACUUGACUGUGCUGUUAACACCUAGUAUGAGGACAAGGUAAGGUAUUGGCUUUUUUAAUCUAAAAUAGCAAGAACUUUCUUUAAAAAACAAAAAAUGGCAAGAACUUUCUUUACAAACCCUAUUUACAGGUCCAACAUGUUCCUAGCAGUCCUAGCAAUAGCUGAUAUGAUAUUCUUGAUGUUGAUGAUACCUCAUACACUGGCUCACUUUGAUUAUUUUUUGUUCAAUUACUACUUCCGAUACUUUUACUUGACAAUCAACUCGUACCUACUGGCUGUUAUCAACUGGGCUUCAGCUGCUGCUAUAUGGUAUGAAUUUUAAAAUUAAAAAUGAAUUUUAGGCUUAAAAGUGAAGUUCAAGCUUAAAAAUCGAAUCUUAGGCUUAAAAGUGAAUUUUAGGGUUAGGAAUGAAUUUUAGGCUUAAAAAUUGAAUUUUAGAUUUAAAAUGAAUUUUAGGCUUGUAAAGUGAAUUUUAGGCUUAAAAAUUGAAUUUUAGAUUUAAAAUGAAUUUUAGGCUUGUAAAGUGAAUUUUAGGCUUAAAAAUUGAAUUUUAGAUUUAAAAUGAAUUUUAGGCUUAAAAAUUGAAUUUUAGAUUUAAAAUGAAUUUUAGGCUUGUAAAGUGAAUUUUAGGCUUAACCGAAUAAUUUUAGGAUUGAAAGAUCGACCUUAGGCUUAUAAAAUGAAUUUUAGGCUUAUAAACUGAUAUUUAGGCUUAAAAAUCAAAUUUAAGGCUUAAAAAUGAAUUUUAAGCUUAAAAAUAGAUUUUAGGCUUAAAAAAAUUUAGGCUUAAACAUUGGAUUUUAAGCUUAAAAAAUUAUUUUAUAGGCUUAUAAAAUGAUAUAUAGGCUUAAAAAUGAAAGUUUAGGCUUAUGAACUGAAUUUUAGGUUUAGUAAAUGAAUGUUAAGCUUAAAAAUGAAUUUUAGGCUUGCAAAUGAGUUUUAGGUUCAAAAAUGAAUUUUUUAAAAAUGAAAUUUAGGCUUAGAAAUGAAUUUUUAGCUUACAAAAAGAAUCUUACGCUUAAAACUGAAUUUUAGGCUUAAAAAAUACAGUUCAAGUUUAACUUUAUACCUCUUUCAGGUUAAUUUUGACCAUUUGUGUUGAGCGUCUAAUAGGUAUACGUUACCCAUUAAGUACGAGAAAACGACGAUAUCGUAGUAUACAAGUUACAAUAAUAUCGAUAUUCUUUGUCACUGGAAUGUUGACUGUGUACAAUAUUUUCUCUCAUGACUGUUUAAUCACUGUAUACUGUAGUGGUACUCAAGUAUACGGUCGGUGUAUGGACAUUGGGAUGGAGAGGUAAGUCUAGCCCAGAUCCCUAUCCCAGAGCUCUAGCCCAGAGUUCUAGCCCAGAGCCCUAGCUCAGAGUCCUAGCUCAAAGUCCUAGUCCAAAGCCUUAGCCCAGAGCCCUAGCCCAGAGCCCUAGCCCAGAGCCCUAGACCAGAGCCCUAGCCCAAAGCCCUAGCCCAGCGCUAUAGCUCAGAGUCCUAGCUCAAAGUCCUAGUCCAAAGCCUUAGCCCAGAGCCCUAGCCCUGAGCUCUAUCCCUAGUUCUAGUCCAGAGCCCUAGCCUAUAGUACAUUAGACUAUACUUCAGCUGGCCAGGCAAUCAAACAAAUAAAUACUCGACAGUACGAAAGGCCUACGCAGCCUGGUCACCCAAGUUCAAUGCUGUGUUUGUGGUAUUCCUGCCGACGCUUAUCAUAUUGCUUUCGAACGUCUGGUUGAUUUUGACACUUCAUGAACGGUAAGUUUUACUUUUUUGUUUAAGAUAUGACAAAAAAUUCGGAUUACGUAUUUUACACUUUAAAUUUUUUUGGUUAGAAAUGAAAUGUUUAGGCAGAAAUUUAUUUACGAUUAUUUUUUAGGCUUAAAAAUUAAGUUUAAGCUUAAAAAAAGAAAUUCGAGCAUAAAAAUUAAAUUUUAGGCUUAAAAAUGAGUGUUGAGCUUAAAAAAUAAGCUGUAGGCCUAAAGUAAAUUUUUAGGCUUCUAAAAUAAGCUGUAGGCUUAGAACAUGAAUUUUAGGCAUAAAAAUGUAUUUUAAGCUUAAAAAUGAGUUUUAGACUUAAAAAUGAGUUUGAGGCUUAAUAAUGAGUUUUAGGCUUAAAAAUUAUUUUUAGGUUUAAAAAUUGGUUCAUAGUCUUAAAAACGGAUUUUAGGCUUAUAAACAAAAUUUUAGGCUUAUAAACAGAAUUUUAGGCUUAGACCUAAAGUAUAAGCUUAAAAAAUGAAUUUCGGCCAUAAAAAUAGAUUUUAAGCCUAAAGAUAAGCUUUAGGCUUAAAAAACGAAAUUUAGGUUUAAAAAUUAAUUUUAGGCUUAAAGACGAAAGUUUAGGCUUAAACAAGUAAUUUUAGGCUUAAAAUCAAAAUUUUAGGCUUUUAAAUCUAAUUUGAGGCUUAAAUAUAUUGCUUUUAGUCGAAGAUUCCUUCAACACUCGACGAGAAACCACGAUGAAGUUCAAAGAUUGGCGUCAGGAAAUGCUGGGACAAGCAAUCAUUCCAGAAACGAGCAAAGGAUAACAUUCACAAUUUGUGCCAUUGUCACGUGUUUUACUCUGACACAGGUGAGCUUAUAUUAUACUUGUCAAAAGGCCCUAAGGGUUUGGAUCGAGGUCGGGUAAGGCCGGGCCAGUGUAAAUUGAAAGGAAUUGGACCGGACUAGCGUAUCUCUAAACUUUUUGUUAUUUUUUGUAAAGAAAGUUCUUGCUGAUUUCAUUAUAAUAACUAAUACUCACUUUUCAGGCCCCUUCAGCAGUAUUUCACGUGAUACGUCUCAACUUGGCACACACUGAAGCCAAAGUUGUGGUGGUAAGUAUACUCAAGAUAAUAUAACUGUUUAGGCUUAACAUGCAAUGUUUAGGCUUACAAGCAAAUUCUUAAUCUUACAAAUAAAGUUUAGGCCUAAAAAAUUAGUUUUGGGCUUAAAAUAUAAAUUGUAGGCUUAUAAAAUGAAUUUUAGGCUUAGAAAUUAAAUUUAGGUUUAGGAAAUAAAUUUUAGGCUUAAAAACUGAGCUUUAGGCUUAAAAACUGAGUUUUAGGCUUAAAAAUGAACCUUAGGCUUAAAAACUGAGUUUUAGGCUUAAAAAUGAAUCUUAGGCUUAUAUAAUGAAGUAUAAGCUUAAAAAAUGAACUUUAGGCUAAAAAACAAAUUUAGCGUUUGUAAUGAUUAAUAGGCUUAUAUAAUAAAAAAAUGAAGGAUCUUGUAAAUUUUGGCCAUUUUUUAGGGCACAGUGACAAACUUUAUGGUAUGUUUGGGGAAGUCACUCAACUUUUUGUUGUUCUGCAUGAGUAGCAGCUCAUUCCGUCACAAGUUCAUGAAGCUGACCAAGAAUCGCAUGAAUUCAGUUUUGGGCAAACGGUAAGUUCUUUAUACAACUUUUACUACAGUAAAUGUGUUUAUCCUACUGUAAUUUAUAAUUUACCCCUUAUAUUGUCAGGUCCGUAGCACCAUCAAUUCAACAGCCAUAUAUUGACAUAUAGCCUUAUAUAGAGGCUUUAAAAGGUUUGUAGCGUGCUGAACACAAUGCUUGUUUACCAUACUGACACUAGUUUAUGCUGCAGUGAACAGCACUAACAUACCCCAACUCUACCCUACCCUACCCUACCCUACCUUACCCUACCUUACCCCACCUUACCCUACCCUACCCUACCCUACCCUACCCUACCCUACCCUACCCUACCUUACCCUACCCUACCUUUACUUUAUAUUGCACUUCCUUGCUCUGGCUUGCUCUGCCCUACACUGCCUUACCGUGUCCUAUCUUUUCUUGUACUGGGGUAUCCUGCCCGCCCUCUCUGUCCCUGCCUUGCCAAACUCUGCCAACCUGCCCUACCAAACCUUGCUAAAUUUUGUCCUUCCUUGACCUACCCUGUCCUGCUUUUGGCAUGGCCUGCCCUACAGUAGUAGCGUGAGUAAAGUGGUGCUAUUCUCUCACUUUACAAUACUCUAUGUUAUCCUACCUUUGUUUACCUCUGCGCUGGCCCUACACUAACAAUUUAAAAAAGUCCGAGAACUUAUGUGCCAAACACAAAAUUUUUAAAAAUUUUUAAAAAUUGCACAAGCCUACACUGCUUAUUACAUAACACUUAUCAUAACCCCCUAUAACGUUCAAAAUCAAAAAAAUAAAAAGUAAAUUUCCAGAAGUACCAAAAGCACCAAUGAGACCAUGUUAACCGCCUGUACCGACCGCUCUCGCUCCCCAUCGCCGAACCUUCUCAACCGGUCGAAUCGAAAGUUCUCUGCCCCACAAGCCAUGAUCAAAAACUCCCCUGCCCAACCGAAAUCAGAGUUAUCAGCGAAGAAGUCGAGGAAUUUGAAGGGAAUCGACCGGUUGAAACCCAUGCCAACUCAUUCGCUUCGAGUACGGGGCACCUCUAGUGCUGAGGUGAAUGUCAGUGCAAUAUAA